AUGUUGUUCGCCGUCAUGUUCGCGGCGACGCGAUUCCUCCAAAUCGUCACCUUGAUCCCAACCAUGGGCAUGCUCGCCUGGUUCGUCGAUGGCUUCGUAAAGCGCAACGUUAUCGUCCCCGACUCUAUCCUUGUCCUCUUCAUCGUCUCCGUCCUCGCCCUCGCCUGGGCUAUCUUCACCCUCUUCAGCUAUCACCGCAGCAGCACAAAUGCACUCUUCGUCGCAGUCAUCGACCUUGGUUUCGUUGGUGCCUUCAUUGCCGCCGUCUGGUACCUUCGCGGCAUCAACUAUGUCGACUGCACAAACCUCGCACGCGACGGCCGCUGGUCUGCAAACUUCCCCGGCCUCGUCACCAUCUCUGGGCCCCGCUUCAACCUCUUCACCGAUAAGCCCUGUGCCAUGCUCAAGGCAUCUUGGGUCUUUGGCAUCAUCAACACCAUCCUCUUCUUCUUCACCGCCGUUCUCGCCUGGAUGCACGGUGACCGCCUGUCCUCCAGCUACGAGCGCAAGUCCUACCACCACGGCCGUCACCGCCGUCACCGCUCCCACAGCCACCGCUCCCACAGCCGUCGCAGCUCCCACUCUCACCGUCGCGUCUACGUUUAA